UUACACCGGCGCGGCUAGCGUGGCAGGAAAGGAGCGAGCACACGAGCUACGGUGAACAUGUGCGCGUAACACCGGACCAAAGGGACAAGGGACGGCGGAUUGGGUGCCAAUUGGACCAAGCAUGGCGGAAGCCAAUUGGACAAGCGUGGAGGAGUGGAGUGGAGAUGAGCCGGAACGCACGCGAGAGUUGCUUCUGCCAAUGAUCAUAGGUGAUCGCGCGGAUGUCCGAGUUUUCAAUGAUAGCAAGCUUCAUAGCUCCUCUCUUCGACGUCCAUUACUGCUCGUCUUCGCGAUUGGUGCCACCGAGCUGCGACUCCUCUCUGGACAGCGUCCACCCUUCGCGAGCAUAUUUAGCCGUGGGAGGACGAAAGUUGAGACGGAGAUGUCGGAUUCGCGAGGCAGAGUCGCAGACGGGGGUGUUGCUUCGUCAGCAUAACGCUCCAACACUACGGACGCUACUGGCACGCCGCGGAGAAGGCGAAGCCAAGCCACUUGACGAACCUUCGCAGCAGGUGAUCGCUUGGUCAUGGAGACCCUUGCGCUUCGACCCAGCGAAACAUACAACAUCCCCUUGCGUCCGCUUGUGCACGCACUUGGACGAUAGAAUGGCUAUCGCGCGUAGCAAGGGCCAAGCUUGGUUGCUGUGAACGGGAUGACGAACAGGGUCGCCAACAGUGACGGAUAUUCAGGCG